CUAUCAUCACUUAAGUCUCAUGAAAACUGAAACAGUGAAAGUCAAGAUGUCUUCUGUCUCUACAUUUAUAACUGGGAAAUUUCGGGGUUGUUUGGUAGGCUCCCUUUUGGGAGAUUGUCUUGGAUCGCCUUUUGAAGGAGAUUUUCCUGUAUCUAAAAAUGUUCUCGCAAACUAUUUCACAAAUUUAUUGAAAAGUGAGAGUGCUAAGGGACCUCUUAAGCCGUAUACAGAUGACACAGCGAUGACAAGAUCAGUAGCUAAAUCUUUGAUUGAAAGAAGAACAUUGGAUGCACAUGAUAUGGCUAAAAAGUUUACAGAUGAAUAUUUCAAGCAGCCUAAACGAGGGUAUGGAUUUAAUGUUGUUGAUGUAUUUAAAGCAUUAAAAACAAGACAUUAUUGUAAUGUAUUUCAACCAGCAAGGGAGUUGUUUUCUGGGAAUGGUUCGUAUGGCAAUGGAGGAGCCAUGCGGGUGGCACCAGUAGCAUUGUUUUGUUAUACACAGGAUAAAGAAACCCUUAUAAAGAUGGCGCGACAAAGUGCCCAGAUUACACAUGCACAUCCGAAUGGCUACAAUGGGGCUAUUCUUCAGGCUCUUGCAGUAUAUGAAGCUCUGAAAACUCAGCCUGGUAAUGGUUUAGAUCCUUUCAGUUUCAUUGAUAACCUGUUGACUGAUAUGGAAUCUAUAGAGGAAGCCACUGAAGGAGAGUGAUAUGAAAACCCAUUUGUUAGAACUAUGCAUUUUUCCAUAUCCUUGGGAGGUGAUACGGAUACGAUAGCCUCAAUGGCAGGCAGCAUAGCUGGAGCCUAUUAUGGAAUAGAUGGUAUUCCAGAGUUAAUACAGAACAACUGUGAGGACCUAAAUGUGUCACUUCACCUGGCGGAUGAACUUGUAAAGGUUGUUUCUCCAGUGGCUUCAUAGAAUUAUACAUUACUUUGAUAAUAUGAUUUUGUAGCUUCAUUAUUAAAGUUUUCUGCAUAUUUUUA